AGCUAGACCUGGUGGUUUCUUCAAAAGUAAAGGAAUAAUAUUUGUUGAUCAACAUGGCAGCCAUAUAUAUGAUAAUGUUAUAAAAGCAUUAAAUUUAGAAAGAUUAGAGGUUUUAAAAAUACUAAGUGGAAUGACUUGUAUACUACAACCUCCAGAUGUUUCUAAAGAAUUUACCAAAAGAGGCAAUUGUAAAAGGGUAUCUUAUGAGUUAAUUAGUAAUUGGAUAUCAGAAGUAUGGAAUAAUAUAGAUCCUAAUAUUUUAGUAAAAUCAUUCGAAGUAACAGGUCUUGUACUAAAUUUUGAUAGCUCUGAAAAUUAUAAAAUGUCUAGCCAUUUGCAGUCUAUUAUUUCUAAUCCUGAUGAUGCAACUAUAGAAGAGUUAAGUGAAGAUGAUAUACUAGAAGAAAGUUUUCAAAAUAUGAUAGAGAUUGAUAAAGAUGAAAUAAUUGAGAUUGAUGAAAAUGAAGUAACAGAAAUUAAUGAGGAUGAAAUAAUAGAAAUCGAUGAAGAUGAAAUAACAGAGAUUGAUGAUGAAGUAACAGAGAUUGAUGAAGAAGUAAUAGAGAUUGAUGAAAAUGAAGUAAUAAAGAUUGACGAAGAUAUAGAGAUUGAUGAAAAUGAAGUAAUAGAGAUUUAUGAAGUUAAUACAUCAGAUAAUAAUGAAAUAAUAAAAAUUGUUGCGAACAAAGAAAUAUUAAAAAUAACAGAAAUUAUCUCAGACAAAGAUAUAUUAGAAGUAACAGAAAUUAUCACAGAUGACAAUAAUAUAUUAGCUUUAGAAGCAAUAAAAAUAGAUUGA